AUGAAACUUGUAUGCUCGAUUUACAUUUUGAUUGUGGUUUUAGCGGAGAAUAAGAUAAUAUUGUUUUACAAGGACAAAUUUUUGGUUCGAUGUAUCGCCAAUAUAAAAGAAAACGAGCUCGUCUACCUGUCACAGAAAUUAAAUCCCUUAGAAUGUUUGCAACUUAUACAAGCUAUAUACGAAAUAACUCCAGUAAGAGCGGAACGUAACGUGAGAAAACACGAGAUUCAACGUGAAGACUUAAGUCGUAUGCCAAUUACGUCGAAGGAAUGUCUUCUUGACCUUGAACAAUGGGACAAUGUUUUUCCAACAAAUAUGAUACCUAAUGGACGGGCGGCAAUGGAAAUGACGCUAAGAUGGUUAGGACGACCCGAUCUGGCAAAGUAUGUGAGAGAAAAUCCCAGAUUGACUAAAUCCCUGAACACAGGGGAUUACGAUACAGCAGAUACGUUAGGAUUUCUAGGACACAGAUUGUCGCGAAGGCAUACUUCGGAAAUGGACAAAAAUUUACGCGAUCAUGCAAAGAGGAAGAAAAAGAAAAAGAAAAAGAGAAAGAAAAAGAAAAAACGCGUGCGUCAUGCACAUAAAGAAUGCGAUCGAAAUACACAAAAUAAAAGAGUUCAAAAGGGAAUGGUAGCAGCAGCACAUACUGCGCUGUACAUCUGGGACGAAAAUAAAAAGGAUAAGGAUACUUUCACUGAUUGCUUGGAAUGGAACGACGAAGACGUAUGUGCUUGUUCGGAUAUUGAGGAAGCUUGCACAGGAAAAUGUGAAAUAUAUGAUCGAAAUUAUCAAACACAUUACGUAGCGGAUCAUCGAAUUUGUACCGACGAUUCUAUCAAAAGUGUGAGUUGUGUGCAUGCACCGAAGAAGGAAGAAAAGAAAAGACAACGGUUCAGCUUCUUUCAGAGAAGCUGUCAAAAAAAGGAAAAGGAUCAGGAAAAUCGGGAUAGGAAGAAAAUUUUGGAGAACGUAGCCGAGAAAAAAUGUGAAAAAAUACCGCAAAUUGUUCAAAAGGAUCAAUGUAAAUGCUGUAGAUGUACCUUGAAUUCUAAAGACAGAAUAUUACGUGAGAAGAGAGAAAUACGCAAGUGGAAAGCAAGGAGAAAGAAGGAAGAAAAGAGAAGGAAGAAAGAAGAAUCAAAGAGAGCAAAACAACUCGCAAAUGUAUGUUUCAAAGAGACAUGUAAAUAAAUUACUAUUGCAUUUGUUAUUUGAGUGCUUUAAAUAUUACUUAAGAACAAAUAUUUAAAAUAGUCGAGGGGAAAAAAGAAAGAAAUAAGA